AUGAAAUUCACUGCUAUUUUUUUGAUCGCUUUAUUAGCUUUAACCUCUGUUAAAGCUGAUACUAAUACUGAUGCUGCUAAUUGUAUUGCUAGUAUUCCUAAGCCUUGUGGUGUUGCAGCUUAAGAUAGUGCUUGUGCUAAAGCUUAUCUUUCUUUUGGUAUUUGCGUUGCUUAUAACUGUGCUUCAAAGUCAUAAAACUUAGGUGAUUAUGCUAGUUGUCUUAAUUCAUCAUGCAAAUCUGAUAAUGAUAAGGUUCAAAAUUAUAUUGAUGAACAAGUUUCUUGUGUUUAUGGUGCUUUAUUAAGCUUAACUGCUUUGAUCCUUGCUACUUUUGCUUUUUUGUUCUGA